AUGGCCUCGACUGAGCUGGUAGACGUUUCCACAGCGUGUGCUCGGCGCCAGCAUAUCAGCACCAUCGGUGUUGUCGUGGACACCUUACCGCCUAUUCGAACCAGAGGCUCGUCAAUGUGUGUUACUUUUACCAUCAAGGAUUGUCAUUUCGACAAGGAAACCUGGUAUGGGGGAUUGAAAAUCAAAUAUUUCAACGACAAUAUCAGCGCUCUGCCUGCCGUCCAGAUAAACGAUGUAAUCUUGCUUCGAAAUAUUCGAGUGAGCAUGUUCAAGAAUAAGCUGACGGGGGUUGCAUCUCAACACGACCGAGUUCCCUGGGCAAUCUUUCGCUCGGAAUCAGAUCCGAGCUCAGGCCCUUCAAUCACCACGGGUCCCAUCCCUUUCCCGCUCAAGCAACUAGAGAAACGAGCGGCUUUAAUGCUGUUGGAUGGCGCUACCGGAUGUGCUCAACCCGCCGUUUUAUCACCUGCGCCUCGCGAAUCCCCUCAAGUGGUCCAAGCCUUUGUUGCCCCAAAGCCUAAGCCUGGAUACCUUCCACUGUCUCUCAUUGAGGAUCUUCAGCCCGGUCAAUUAACUCAAUUGCUUGGGCAAGUAGUGAAAAUCAACACUUACAAUAGCGAUAGAUGCAUCAUUUAUCUUACAGACUAUACUACAAACCCCGCCCUGAUAGAUAUCAAAAAAGAUGACGAAGACAUAGGCUCCGAAGGGGACACGUAUGACUAUCUUUCUCGAAAAAAGAAGGACUGGCCCGGUCCCUGGGGCCAGAUGUCAAUUCAAGUCACCCUAUGGGAACCACACGCCAACUUCGCUCGAGAGCGGCUCAAAGGCGACGAGCUCGUUCUCAUCACUUAUUCGCAUGUCAAACCGGGGCGUGGCAAUGGCAUAGAGGCUGCUGUGCAUGAGGACAAACGGUAUCCAGAGAAAGUCCAUAUCCGCAUCAUCUCUAACGACUAUAACGAUCGCUCUCGAGCGUUGACGGAGCGGCGGAAGGAGUAUUGGAAAAUUCACGGCAAGCCUAGCAUGGACCCCAAGAAAGCCGAGAAAAAGAAAAAGAAUCAACAGAGGAAGAAAGAGGAGAAAGUUGAAGAGGGACAAAAUAAAAUAUCAGUGACGAAAUCACGAACAAAAACAAAUGAGAACAUCAAAACUCGGUCCUAUGAUGUCCCUGUCCGAUCUGUAAAUGAUAUUCUUUCAGGUGAAUCCCACGUCAAUACUCUACCAGGUGGAAUAUCCUACCAACUCCCUUUUCAAAAUGUCUGCUACCGGCUACAGGCCCGUGUAGUAGACUAUUUCCCACCGAACCUGGAAGACUUUGCCGUGCAAGUCCCCAUGGAUUCCAUCGUCACGGGACAUGAUGAUGAGAAUGCCCCAAGUGCCCAACGCAUGGAGUGGGAAUGGCGCUUUUGUCUUCUUGUUGAAGGCACAGAUCCGGUCAUCUCGAAGAAUCAGGCUCGGGCACAAAUGAAGCUUUUUGUCACCGGUGCAGAAGGUGUACAUUUACUGAGCCUUGACCCGGCAGAUCUACGUGUCCAUCCAAGGAGGCUGGCUGAACUUCGGGAGAAGCUUUUUAUCCUUUGGGGUGAUCUCGAGGAGCGUAAACGAGAUCAUGAUGCUACUCAGGCAAAUAGAAGUAUCUGGGUUCCGCCCAAGCCCUCCUCACUACCAUUCAUCUGUUGCAUCAAGGAGUAUGGUGUGCGUUGUUCUCAUUCAAGAGACCCAGAUGCGAUGCAAGUUGAUGGGGCCAAAGAGGAGUUAUGCAUGUUACCGGACUGCUUCGGAUGGGAGAGGAGAUUUGCUAUGUUUGGGACUACAAUCCACUCAUGA